UCGGAUAUUAGUAGCGCGCCAACUGCAGAACGACACAAACGAUACCUGGAUAUAUUGUAUCUAAGCCCGAAAUCAUUUUGAUAUUUAAAUCAUCCAAAAACACAAUGAAGUGCUUCAUUUUGGCUGCCCUGCUGCUGGCCACCGCCGCCAGUGCCGAGAACAUCUUUAAGAUAAACAUCACGCCCGAGGAGGCGCAACAGUUCCUGAACAGCGCCCAGUUGCGUGGCAUCGGGGACAUCGAGUAUGCCCCAAAAACGGGCGAGAAUCCCCUGCCCGAGGCCAGGAAUGAGCAGGGACAGUUCGUUUACAUGGGUCGUGUGAUCGAGCAUCCCGAGGAUUAUGUGGAGGAGCACUACGACGCCCAUCAGUACCACGGACAGGAUGGUCUGGGGCAGUUUGCGUACGGCUACAAAGACUGGAACCAGGGCAAGAACGAGAAGCGUGACGAGACCGGCAAGGUCACCGGAUCCUACAAGUAUGUCCAGCCCCAUGGCCGCGACUUCAUUGCCACGUACUACGCCGACAAGUCUGGCUUCCAUGUCGAGGACAAUCGUCCCGCGCAUCUGAAGCUGCCAGCCACCAAGACCCCAGCCGUUCUCAAGGCCGAGGAGGAGCACUUCAGGCUGUGGGGAGAGCUGGCCGCUGCCGCUGGCCACAAUCCUGAUCCUUAUGCCGCCGAGUACCAGCAGGAGGGUAGCUACCAGCCCUCAGAGGCCGAGACCCGCGAAUACGUGCACGAGGAGCCCGCCUAUGUGCCCGGCCCAGAGGAGACUGGCGAGCCCAAGGGAUUCUUCUAUGCCUUCGACUACAAUGUGCCACUGCUGCGCAACAAGGAGGAGCGGGCCGAACUGGAGCGCCUUAGGUCCGUCAACAACAAGGAUGAGUAGGUCCUGUGGGGACCGCCUUGUACAGGAAGUUGUGUAGGAAGUAGCAGCAUUCAUCAGCAUAUCUCAGAUAUCAACCAAUAUUUAUUACCUCCUUUGAAAUAAAUCGCAAAUUAAACUACACUUUUGUCAA